CACCACCCCCCGCCCCGUGACGGUGCUGUUGUCUCUUGCAGUUUUCCCGGGGGGCGGCGGGAUCCGGGAGACGGUGACUCGGUGGCCACGGCGCUGCGGGAAACGCGGGAGGAGCUGGGGCUGGCGCUGGGACCCCCGAACGUCUGGGGACAGCUACGGACGCUGCCCGACGGGCGGGGACAGAUGGUGGCCCCUGUCGUGGCCAACCUGGGGCCCCUGGAGGACUUGAUGCUGAACCCCAACCCCGAUGAGGUGCAGGAGGUCUUCACCCUGCCCCUGGCUCACCUCCUGCGGGAGGAGAACCAGGGCUACACCCACUUCCGCACUGCCGGACGCUACAGCUACACCCUGCCUGUCUUCCUCAAUGGCCCCCACAAGGUGUGGGGGCUGACGGCCAUCAUCACCGAGCUGACCCUGGAGCUGCUGGCGCCUGACCGCUACCGCCCGAAAACCCACGUACCGCGCUACACCUCCUCAGACUGAUGUGGGAGGGGACAGGAUGGCCCCCAGCCUCUUUUUUUUUGUGUGUGUUUGUGUGUGUGUGUGUGUGUGUGUACAGGUGGAGGUCGCCCUGGCUUGUUUUCAUCUGCCUGUAGCCCAGCUUUGCCGCACAGGCAAGGAAAGAGGCUGUGGCGGAGAAACUACACCAACUCCCUCGCUGUUAGUACUGCUGCCUAUGGGUGACAUCACCCACUGUGAUUGAGUAAAAAAAAAAAGCCACGUUUGGAUCCA